CUUUGCUGCCGUUCCCAGUUCGCACGGCGUAGUCGAGUCGGGUCGGUAUCAUCCCGUUCCCGUCCUCAUAUUCUCUCUCCUCCCCCGACGAUCCCCCACCCACCGCGAGAAAUUGUUUUCUAGGGUUUCGAUUCCCCGUCCGAUCUCUCUCGUUCAGGAUUCUGUAGCCAUGGAUAAGGGCCUCUUCGCCAACGACGGCUCCUUCAUGGAGAGGUUCAAGCAGAUGCAGCAGGAGAUGCAGGACAAGGAAAAGGCCGCGACGCCAGGUGCCUCGUCUGUGCCACCGAAACCUGUGAACCCCAAGACACCUCUUGUUGUCGCAGCAAACAAGAGGCCGCUUGAGGUGAAGAAGGCUGGAUCGGUCUUGUCGGGUGGGAAGCUGGCCUUCAGCCUGAAGAAGAAUAAGAUCCCGGUUGCACCUGUCAAGUUUGGUGCUGAGGAGGAGGAUGACGAUGUGGAGAGGGAAGAUCAUGCGAAGCGGCACAAAUCCACCAAUGCUCCCUCAGCAGCUGCCCCACCAGGGGUUGUUGCCCCAGCACCACCAAAUGAUAUGACAGUGAGGCAGGUUGCUGACAAAUUAGCAAGCUUUGUUGCCAAAAACGGGAGACAGUUUGAGGAUGUCACACGGCAGAGGAAUCCUGGAGAUACACCAUUCAAGUUUCUAUUUGAAAAGAACUGUCCAGACUACAAAUAUUAUGAGACUCGGCUUGCUGAAGAGGAAAAGGUUCUUGCUCAGACAAAGGAGCCUCAGGCUUCAAAAAAUGUUAAUUCUAGUGUUGAAAGCUCCAGAGCACAUACUGGUCCACAGAGAAGCUCAUUUGAACACAAAUCUAACUAUCAAACACCUGCUUCAGCUUUAUAUGGGACAUAUGAGGGUAGUUCUUCCCAGGGAAACUCAUCUGGUAACAGUGAUCCCAAUAUGUCUGCACCAUCAGAUCCAGUUGCAUUGAUGGAAUUCUACAUGAAGAAAGCUGCACAGGAAGAACGAAAGAGAGCACCGAGGCAAUCGAAAGAUGAAAUGCCACCACCUCCUUGCCUUCUUCAGGGUACCUUUUCUUUCUUUUUAUUGUUCACUCUUCUGGAAGACUGUAGAGACUUUGAUAUUUAUUAUAUACUACCUUUUCUUUGUUUUGCAGGUCCUCCUAAGAAGGGACACCACAUGGGGGACUUCAUUCCUCAAGAAGAACUUGAGAAGUUCAUGGCACGCUGUAAUGAUUCUGCGGCACAAAAGGCUACCAAGGAAGCUGCAGAGAAGGCAAAGAUUCAGGCCGACAAUAUUGGGCACAAGCUUUUGUCUAAGAUGGGCUGGAGGGAAGGCGAGGGUCUUGGCAGCGAGAGAAGUGGACGUGCAGAUCCCAUUAUGGCUGGAGAUGUGAAGAAGGACCAUCUUGGUGUUGGUGCUGUCCAACCUGGUGAGGUCUCAUCUGAAGACGACAUAUACGAGCAAUACAAGAAGCGAAUGAUGCUUGGCUACCGCCAUAGGCCAAACCCACUGAACAACCCAAGGAAAGCAUACUACUGAUACAAGGAAUUCAGCUGAUGGGAGACGUAAGGAACCAAUCCUGUGUUACAUUUUUGCUCCCAGAACUAACUACUGGUUUGGGAUAUCGCUAACAGUAUUGAAAGCUUUGUUCAUCAGCAGAAAAGCUGGGAAGUUAUUUAUUCAGCAAGUAUCUUCGAAUGCCAUGGAUGUGGUGCUUCCUGUGGUUCUGCAGUAAUUUUGAUGUUGUAGUGUUCAUCCGUGUUGCUUUAAAUACUCUGAAUGUUCUUUGUGGUGUCUUAUGCUACCUCAGAUUGUGGACAAUGGAACUUUGUGAUUAUUCACUCGUGUUGGUACUUCCUUAGCUUGACUACUGUUUCUAUUUUUUCGCAAUCCAAUAAGGGCCACCUUGUGCUGUGGAA